CCCUGCACUUCCUUCAAGGACAGCUGCCUGUCCAGCUGGUUUAGGUUGCUCUGUCUGGGGAAAAAAAAAAAUUGAUGGAUUCAUUUGCUGGUGAAUCAAAAUCUAACUGAUACCAUGGGUCAUAGGAUCUUUGUUUCAGUUUUCAAGGGAGCCUGCCAGAAUCUGCCAGACAGUACCAUGGGUUUGUGUAGAUCAAGAAGACAGGCAACUUCAGCUGGAGUUUUUUGUUCUUUCUUUUUCUACAGUGCCAAUAUCAAAUAGAAAAGUGGCCUCAUCUAUCACACCUUCUACUGAGAAGGAACUUUCCAGUGCAGCACAGAAUCAGAUGGUUCAAUCAAUUCCUGUGCCUUGCAGUGAACACUCUCCUGAGGCAUAUCAGAAACUGUUUGAACAUGUGCAAACUCAGAUGUCUCUGAUAACUGGCCAACCCUCACAGAGGAGUAAUGAAAUUCCUACUGUAGCUCCUCCUACCUCAAACCAGGGGUGCCAAAAUGUUACAGCUUUGAAUUAUCAGUUACCUACCUCUACAUCAGCACUGUCCCUGCAGCAUUCAGCUAAUCCUUUAUCCACUCAGUCAGGUGUUCCUGUAGACAGUGCCAAUGAAUGUGUGCCAGAGACGGGAGGACCUGUGGUUUGCCCAGUGGCUUCUGCUGCUCCUGCUGCACAAAUACAGUCUGGAACUGCUCUUCUUGGUGUGAUCCCUUGUGCAGCACCUGGAGCAUCAACCCCUUUAGUGCCAACAUCUGCCAGAGAUAUGGCCCCAAGCCAAGAGCAGCAGAUAAAAGCAGCAGAUUUGAUGCGGUGGAUACAAGCCCUGUUACAAUCCCAUGAAAUGCUGAAUGGCAGGACUGAACACAGGGACCAUCAUCACUGUCCAGAAAAACAUGACGGCUCAUGUGACACAGAGGAGGAUACUCCUGAAGAGGACAGUGAGGACACGGUCAGUGAAGAUGAAUUGAAUGUACUUGACGUGUCUCCAGUGAAAGAUACAAGCUGUAAGACAAGUCAUGUGAAGAAAGUUCUAAAAUCUAGAAAAGAAAGUCCAGAAGAAACAGCCCAUAAAGUUAGGAUUGUAAAGUAUCUUAUGGCUGAGCUCAGAGCACUGGUAACAGAUCAAGGCGACUCAGAAAUGCUGAGGCUGAUGAGUGAAGUCGAAGGCUCUGUAUCACAGCUCCCAGCUGUGGUGGGAAGCACGAAUCUCCAAGCUGAAAUAGCUCUGGCUUUGCAGCCCCUGCGCAGUGAGAACGCGCAGCUGCGCAGGAGACUAAGAAUGUUAAACCAGCGACUUAGGGAACAAGAAAGCAGUGAGAAGACAUCUGGACACAGCUGCAACUAUGAAUUGGUUUCUUUGCAGUCCUUGAAUAUGAUGCUCCAGAGUCAAUUGAAAGAAUCACAGAAAGGCCUUGAUUCACUGCAGGCUAAAAAUGAAGAACUGCUGAAAAUAAUAGAAAGUCAGAAAGAAGAAAAUAAACAUCUUGCAAAAGGUAUUCAAGAGAAAGAAGAAGAAUUGCUAGAGAACAAACAGCAUUAUGACAUUCAUUCUACCAAGCUCAAGAUCGAAGUGGAGGAGGCAUUAGGAACGGUGAAGAGCCUUCAGUUUAAGCUAGAAGCUUCAGAGAAAGAAAAUAAGAUUUUGGGCAUAACGUUACGUCAGCGUGAUGCAGAAGUUAAGAGACUGAGGGAAUUAACCAGAACCUUGCAGGGCAGCAUGGCCAAGCUUCUGUCUGACCUCACAGGGGACAAUGUUAGACCUAAACCUGAAAAAGCUCUCUCGAAGUCUCUUUUGGAAGACCAUGAAAAGCAGAUGCAACCUGAACUGUUUCCUGGGAGUACUUCAGUAAUUACUUACCUUAAAACAUUAGAAAUGGAUCAUAUUUUGAUAGAUAAGGAUCUUCAAUUCCCAAAUAAAACUGGAGAAGUAGAAAUGCAAAAUCUGCCCUAUGAAAAGUUUGCUGCUGAAGGAAGUAAAAUAAACAGUAUGUUCACAGAAGAACGAACAUCAGCUCCCAGAGGAUCACCAGCUCCAUUGAAGCAAGAUGCAGAAACAGGGAGUGAUUCUGGAACUCUACUAGAUGACCAAACCAAGUUGGAUGAAACAAUUUAUAUUCCACUGACUAGCAGUGCCUCUAAAAAGCAGCAGCCAGACUCUGGAAGAAGUGGUGUGCUAUCCCAGAGCAGAGGGGGUUGUCAGAGGCUGGAUUACCACUGUGAGCUCCCAAGCUCUGUGCAGCAGUAUGGAUGUGAGGAUCCAAGUCUACUGGAUAAAUUAAAUGCUGGGCAAAGUGUGAAAAAGACUGUGGAAAACACACUUGAAGUUACAGGGGAUAAAGCGAAGCCAGAAGGAGACAAAGUCCAAGUGAGACCAAGAGGCAUUGCAAGUGGGGCUGCGAAAGAUUUCAUGGAUAAACCAGACCAGCCUCAGCCUGAUACAUACCCUCAUGCAUCAGAGCCAUUUCCAGCAGGGAUUUCUGAGAAAACAGGCGGUAAAGCAGCUGAUUUUAGUUGCAUUUCAUUUGAUGAUUUCUCAGGGAGGUCUGAUUGGAGCACAUCUUCUUUCUCAACAUUUACUUCUCGAGAUGAAGAGGACUUUAAAAAUAGCUUAGCAGCCUUGGAUGCCAACAUAGCCAAGUUACAAAGGACUCUACAAAGUAACAUUAGGAAACAAUGAGAUUGAGAAAGCGAAAUGGGCUGCAGCUAUUGGGAUAAAUUAAGUUUUUCUGAAGUAUAUUAAGUAUGGUACUGAUACCUAUAUUUGUGUGUAACAACUUCUUUCUAGCUGUCUCAAUUAUGGAUAGAAUUUGUCCCUUAUUAGGCUGUGGUGCUGUUCCCCUUGAUGUGUACAACUUGAAAUAAUUGGCUUUUUAUAUGAAAUAGAAAUGGCUUUUUAAAUUAUGACUUAGUUUUAUAUUCUUUAAUUGCAAAAUUAAAUGUACUUGUUUACUGGUGGUUUUUUCCUUCCCCAAAGAACUGUUGUAAGGUGUUGUACAUGAGCAGGAGGUUCCACAGGUAGAGGCCAGGAAAGAGCUAGUUACAGAGCUGUUCUGCAGGAAUGCUGAGAACUAUAGUUGCUAAGUCAGGAUCAGGCUAUUCCAAAAAUAAGGGCAGCCAUCAAUCUGGGAUUUUUAGUGAAUACUAUAUCCUAUGGAAUAUGUGAAGCAAUCCUUUUUCACUCACCACUGAUAAAACUAUUUUCUCUUUGGAGCAUUGUACUUGAAGGAAGAAGUUGAUGAAGUGCGGAGUCCAGACAAGGGCAAGAAAAGGAUCAUCAAAGUUCCAUUGCUUUGUGCAGUGCUGUUAUACGGCAUGCUUUUCACAAAUAUUUGCUUUUUAUCUAAAGUAAAAGGGAAUGUAGUAAAUGUAGUACCAGUGGAUAAACACAGAAAAGAAAGAUGCUGAGGAACAGAAGCAGCAGAGCUGACACAAAGGAGACAAAUGAGGCUUUAGCUGAAAGCUGGCAAACCAGUAGAGUUAGGAAAGCACCAGAAUAUACAGCCUGAGGAAGGCAUGGAAAUUCUACAGUUGUUGAGGUGUCAAACAUCUCUUGGACAUUAAUACAGAGAGUCUGGACUGAAUCACCCAAAUUGGGUCUCACAGGAAUAGGAGUGGAGCAGGGAAGGAUUCCAAUCUGUUGUUCUCCCUUUCCACAUCUCAGUCUCAAGAAUAUGCAUAAUAUAAGUAUUUAAGUUGCAGGUAGAGGAAGGUACCAUUGCUACCAUUCUGUGCCUCUUAUACCCUCAGUAAUGCUUCAGAGCUGUUUUUCAGGGAAAAUACCUUUGGAAAAGGAACAGUAAUAUAAAAGACCUGAGUUUAAGACUGCUUUUUCUGAAGAAUUGUUUAUUUAUUUUUUUUCCUAGAAAACACUGUAGUCCUUCCUGGCACUCUUUUCUUGUACAUUGCCAUGUAGGAGGAAAGUCCCUCAUGGUUAUCUGCUUGU